ACAGUAAGAAUCGACACAAAAAGAUCAGAAAAUCUUGAAAUUAAAUCAAAACAUUGAUCAGUUUGGAUCUCAAAUUAAUUGAUUAAUCAUCUAUUUACUAUUUAAAUUUGUUAAUUAGUUGCCUGAAAUGUCGAUAAAAGUGUUUUAAUGAGAGGCCGAGAUCCCUGUGUUGAUAUAAGGAUGAGCAAACUAUCAUUCAGGGCUCGUGCCCUGGACAGCAGCAAAAUGAUGCCCGUCUUUAGGUCUGAAGAGAUACCUGAUUUGCCGGAUUUUGCGGCUAUUAACAGAUCUGUACCUCAAAUGCCCACUGGCAUGGAGAAAGAGGAGGAAUGUGAACAUCAUUUGCAGCGAGCCAUAUCUGCUCAACAAGCUUUCGGUCAUACGGGAGAACUUGUGAUACCUACGCCCGAAGUGUAUAAAGCUCCGGAUGAUUUUUACAAUGCCCUUUACCCUAAUAAUUUCAAGCUCCCUAGGCAGCUCAUACAUGUUGCUCCUUUCGAUUUUGAGCAAGAAGUUCCUGAUUAUGACUUAGAUUCAGAGGAUGAAGUUUGGUUAGAGCAACAAAAAGACUUACCUGAUCUUACUCCUUUGAAAUUUGAAGAAAUGAUGGAUAAACUCGAAAAAAGUAGUGGGCAACAAGUUGUUCUAAUAGACGAGGCUAAACUUUUGCUCAAAGAAAGAGAUGAUCUGAUCACCGCAGUUUACGAUUAUUGGGUUGAUAAAAGAUUAAGAACCCAACAAUCCUUGAUACCAUUGGUUAAAACAGAACGAAGAGAUGGUACAGCAAAUAACAGUCCAUAUGUGGCGUUCAGAAGAAGAACAGAGAAAAUGCAAACUCGUAAAAAUCGCAAAAAUGAUGAAGUUUCUUAUGAAAAGAUGCUUAAACUUAGAAGAGAUCUCAGCAGGGCUGUAGAUUUAUUACAACUAGUGAAACAUCGUGAAAAGCUGAAGCAUGAUCAUCUUCAAUUGUCGUUAGAAAUUUUCAAAAAAAGAUAUGAGAUAGGUGAUUAUAGUGGUCAAGUACUAGCCGAAGUUUCAGCUUUACGAUUAAUCAAACCUACCUCAACGUAUUUACCUUUUAAUAACUUCAAUAUGUUAAAACAAGGAGAGAAAAUUCGUUCAAAGAUUGAUGAAACUCUUCAACCACCCCGACGAAAACGAGAAUAUCGUCGGCGACAUAAGCAGGGUACUGCUCAUGUCCAAAAAGCAGAAUCGACUGAGUCUAAUGAAUUUAUUUAUACAUCUGACGAAGAGAUUUUGAAUGGUAACCAGUCACAGCCAACUUCAGAUCAAGAAGAAGAAGAUCCCGACGGCCCUUAUGCUUUCAAAAGGCAAAAGGGUUGUUCAUAUCAUGCUCCCCUCAUUGAACAAAAAGGCAAUUGGCCAUGGUGUAGUUCUGUUGAAGGCGGGCUUGGUGACAAACGCUAUAGGUUCUGUCUCACAUCAAUUAAUAUUGGACUUAAUCAACGCUGUAUCGGAUUUGCUAGAAGAAGAUAUGGCAGGGGAGGAAGAAUUAUUUUUGAUCGUGCAUGGACUCCUAUGGAUAAGUAUUGGUCCAAAUUAGAUUCUAAUCAUGAGAACGAAGAAGAUAAUGAAUUUAUUGAUGAAAUUAAAAAAGAAUGGAUACAUUUUCGUCCAAAGUCAUCUCCUCAAAGUUGUGUGAACGAAGAAGUUUAUCAAGAACCGGAGGCUGUUAUCGAUGAGCAAGGUAACCUCAUACCAGUUGUAAAGAUUGACCUUCCAAACUAUUUUGAAGAAAGUGGAUGUUUUUCAUCUUCAAAUAAGCCAAAUAAUGAAACUUUGGACAUUGAAAGUUUUAAAAAUCACCAGAAAGAGCUUUUUGAAAUGCAAAGGAAACAACUGGAGAGGUUAAAAGAAAAGGAAUCUACCGACACCACGAAUAACACCACUAACAGCGACAUUAAUUUAUAUAUGUGCAAUGUUUCGCCUGAACAUUCCUUUCCGCCAUCUAAUAUGAACAGUAACCAAUUUUCAUCAGCGAUCUCCUUUUCAUCAUCCGAAACCAAUACAAAUUCUGCUAAAAACAUCUCUAACACCAUCACGAACAGCAUAAAUACAGCAAACAACACAAAUCAUAACAAAACUAAUAACACUGAUAACAACUCUAACAACUCAAUCUCAACGAUACCUCAACCAUCAACUUUAGAUUCAGCCAGUGUAAAUUUUGCAUUACGUGCAGUUGUGGAUACAGUGUUUUGAAAUUAUUAAACGAAAAAUUUCAAUGGAUCAUCUUACGAGUGAAAUUUAAGUGUAAAAGAAAGCUACAAAUACUCUAUUAAUUAAAAAAAACAAGAAAACGAAGAGCAAAAAAAAGUCAUCUUUCUAGGAACAAAAUAAGUCAAAAUUUCAAACAAAAAAUGAAUUCACCAUUUCGAGUUAUUUCUAGCAAAUUAACAACGAAUUUCAUCCUAAUCAUUAUCAUUUGUCUCUCCAUCACAUUCACAAUCAUCCUCAUUUCCACCACUUCUUUUCAAAUACACGGAUCUCUUCCUUUCAUUUUCUUUCGUCUCCUUAUUCGUACCAUCAUCGCCAUGACCAUCAACCAUCAUCUUUCCGCCAUCAUUCACAUAGAUUCUUCUGUUCGUCUUAUUCAUAACUCAUAAUUCAUUCAUUCAUUCAUUCAUAAAUCUCCAUUUCUUCAUCAACACCCUUAACUCUUUGAUGUCUGUAUCUUAAUGUUUUCCUUUUUCUGACUUCUCUUUGCUCAUUCUCACUUUUUUGUGUUUUCGUGAAUCUUCCUCAAUUGAUUCGAGAAUCUACCCUUUGUACAGUUUCUUAAAUGUUAAAUGACUCAAACGAUUCUUGAGCUCCUUUUGUAAAAACAUUAAAUUGACUGGUCUAGCGCUAAA